AGCGGCGCUUCCGGUCCGCGAGGCCAGGCGGCCGGAGCGGCGGCGGCAGCCGAGACGCGGGGAUGGCGGGCGCCGCGGGCGAAGCCCGGUUUGCGGGGCUGUCGCUGGUGCAGCUCAACGAGCUGCUGGAGGACGAGGGGCAGCUGGCGGAGAUGGUGCAGAAGAUGGAGGAGACGCAGAAUGUUCAGCUGAACAAAGAAAUGACGCUCGCCAGCAACCGGAGCCUGGCAGAAGGAAACCUUUUGUACCAGCCACAGCUGGACACUAUGAAAGCCAGUUUGACCCAAAAAUACCAGGAACUACAGGUUCUCUUUGAAGCCUAUCAGAUCAAGAAGACCAAAUUAGAUAAACAGUCCAACUGUGCUUCUUUGGAGACCCUCUUAGCACUUCUUCAAGCCGAAGGGGCCAAGAUUGAGGAAGACACGGAGAACAUGGCAGAGAAGUUUCUUGAUGGAGAGCUUCCUCUGGACUCCUUCAUUGAUGUCUAUCAAAGUAAACGGAAACUGGCCCAUAUGCGAAGAGUUAAAAUUGAGAAACUCCAGGAGAUGGUGCUAAAGGUGCAGAGACUUCCGCAGGCCCCAGCCCAGCUGUCGCUCAGGGUGCCUGAGCCAUCACCUGCUGCAGCCCUUCUCUACCCUGCCCCUGAGGCCAGUGGGCUCCCCUCAGUUGCCCCACGACGUGUUCCUCCUCCCCCACCCCCAGUGCCUGCAGGACGGUCAGCCACCCCCUUUACGGCUGCUGUGGGCUCAGGACAGGCCCUGCCGUACCCAGGAUUGCAGUGCCCACCUGUGCCACCCCGUGUGGGCCUCCCCCCCCAGCAGGGCUUCUCUGCACAGUUUGUGUCACCGUACCCCCCAGCUCUCCCUCAGAGGCCCCCUCCCCGGCUGCCUCCACACCAGCCGGGCUUCAUCCUCUAGUAAGUGACCCACCUUGGCCUUCCUGGGACUUGCGGUCAGUCUGUGUCUUGCUGGGGUCUGCACAGGCACGGAGUCCAUUUGUUCCAGAAUCGUAGGUCCCUAGAAGUAGAAACCCGGGCUUUUUGUACCAAGGCAGCUGCUUGUGCCCCAGGGCACAGCUGGGACCCCAGGCGUUGAGCUGGUUUGCAUUACUUGUGGUGUCAUUACUAGAUGUAGUAUUGAACUCUGGAGUUCAAAAAUCCACCCCUCCUCCCCCUGCCUGCACCUUUAUUUAAGCAUGGUUAAAAAGAUAGUUCUGUGUAAGGCCCCUCGGCAGGGGCCAGCAGAGGUGCUGCCUCCCAGCACAGGGAUCCCUUCUGGGGCAUCAUCACAAUCGCCGCCAUCUCCCCUGAACCUGGCGACUUGUCAUGCUUCAAAGCCAUCAAGCAGUUUGCACUUGGCCCAGUGCCACACCCAGAGGCUGGGAGGAGUGGGAGCUGGACUCACCCAGCAAAAUGUCCAGCUCCUCCUCCCCUAGCCAGCCCCUGAGGAUUUCUCUUAAGUACUUCCCAAAUGUUUUUACUACUUGUAUAAUUUUCCUGUUUUAUAUUGGUGAGGAAAACUUUUUGACACCAAACCAUUCAGGGAAACUUUAUUAAAAAAUGCAAUUAUAUGAGCAGAUUGAAAUGGAGAGGAAAUAAAUGUUAUUUCCAGUGCCCACUGA